CACCACGGAAAUGGACAUCUCACUUUUUACUAGGUUUCGUACAUAGAGGUUUUGUUUGUUCGUUGUUUUUGGGAUUGGGACGCAAAAGAGAGGUGAAAAGAUUGUAAGAACGCUGAUCAGAGCUAUAUCCAGGCAUGAGUAAAACAAGUGGAAUUGGUGAAGCUUCUGCUGGAAGCAAUGAAAGUGAGUCGACCAAUGAUAAGAGAAAGACAACUUCUGGAGGUCAAGCAAAAGAACAUCAGGAAAGGGCUAGAGGUGSUCAUGGAAGACCGUCUAAGCAAAAGAGACGYCCUCAAUCAAGAGAUCAGAAAGAACCACAAGAAAGAAGCCGAGACCAAAGUGCAAAAGAUGAUAAAGAUGUCAUAAGUUGGCUGAAUAAGAAAAUUACAAAACAAGAAAAAAAUGUGGAAACGGGAAGAAAUGCRAAAUAUUCCAAAAACGCAAAACAUUCACAAACUACACAUAAUAAAGCUAYUGGUAGUGUUGAAARCUGGAGGGAUAGGAAUGUUGAGAUGCAAGGUGCAAAUGGGUAUUCUAGGGAAAAUCCAGCACACAGAAAAAAUGAACGGGAGAAAUAUAGAAAAGAUGGGAGAUUUAAAGGGCAACAUAGUCAAGUAUUAGAUACUGAAAGAGGAAAACAAAGUGAACAAUUCAAUUCUAAUAGUAGAGAUAGGAAUGAUAUUAAMAUAGGAGAACAAAAUACUAAAUAUCAAAUGGAAACAACUGGAAUGAAAAGGGAAAGUGGGAUGAAUGAUAUAGUAGAAAUUGGUGCUAAUGUUAAUGUAGUGAAUGGGAAGUAUGUUGGUAAAAGUAGACAUUCUGAACACCAGGAUAAUGGUACCACCAUGCAAGUGGCUGAUGAUGAUAUUCAAUACAGAAACUAUACAGAUAACAUUGGGUUACAACCUCAAGUUUAUGUCUAUGGGGGACUCCAUGUGUAUAACUUGCCAAAUAUGGAUCAGCAAUACUAUCCUGGUGGGCCACAGUGGUAUAACUAUGGCAUGGAACAAUAUCAAAACUGGAGUCAACAGUGGCAUGAUCCAUAUAGUCACAAUAUAAAUGACAAUAAAUCUGCACAAUAUAAGGCUAAAGAAAAGACUGAACACAAGAUUUACACUAGAAACACUAGAGAACAAAAAAGAAAUGUUAUUGUUGAUCCUAAUCAUUCUGUACAAGCAAGUGUACUUACAGAACAGCUGAUUAAUGAAUCGUAUGAAUGCAUGGUCUGCUGUGAGAAGAUUAGAUGCCAUGCGUCAGUGUGGAGUUGUGCAAACUGCUAUCAUGUUUUUCAUUUGCGAUGUGUGAGAAAAUGGGCCAGUUCACCUGCUGCAUUAGUAGAAGGUGAAAAUGGAGGUUGGAGAUGUCCAGCCUGUCAGAAUAUCAACCAUUCAGUACCAAAUGUUUAUCGUUGUUUUUGUGAAAAGUCAAUUGAUCCGGCGUGGAAUCCCAGAGAAGGAAUAACACCACACAGCUGUGGAGAGCUAUGUCAGAAGAAAAGAGAAUCAUUAGACUGUCCUCAUCUUUGUAACCAACUUUGUCAUCCAGGUCCUUGUCCAAGUUGUCCUGUAAUGGUGGCCAAGUCAUGUAUGUGUGGGAAAAUGAGUCAGCAAACAAGAUGUGGGCAGAAUACUGUCAUCCAGUGUAAAGAAGUAUGUGGCAAGACUUUGAACUGUGGAGUACAUGUUUGUGACCGUGUUUGUCAUGCAGGUCCCUGUGAUUCAUGUGAAGUUGAUGAAGAGCAAGCUUGUUAUUGUGGAAAUGCAACAAGGCAAACAAAGUGUGGAGCAGGUGAAAUGGAUGUAACACAAGGCAGGAAAGGGUAUUUCUCUUGCAAAAAGAUUUGUCAAAGGUCAUUGGACUGUGGAAAUCAUAGGUGUGAGAGAGAAUGUCAUAAGGGAAAAUGCAACACAUGUAAACUAAAGCCAUCUAAUGUCAGYCUUUGUCCUUGUGGUAAGACAUUACUUGAAGAUCUACUGACYGAGCAAAGACAGUCRUGUUUGGAUCCUAUACCAACAUGUAACAAUGUAUGCAACAAAGUGCUGCCAUGUAGUCCAGGUGAUAUGUCUUCACAACAUCGCUGUAAACUAACAUGUCACCAUGGUGAUUGUGGCCCAUGUGAUGGGAAGACGACACUGAUUUGUAGAUGUAGAGCUGCAAAGAAGGAAGUGAAUUGUUCUGACAUUAAUAAUGAAGUGUAUUUAUGUGACCAAAGAUGUAACAAGAAAAGGCAGUGUGGACGUCACAGAUGCAAUCAGAAAUGCUGUAUAGAUAAAGAUCACCAAUGUGAAUUAGUUUGUGGUAAAAAACUAAGAUGUGGUACGCAUAAUUGUGAAGAACUUUGUCAUAGAGGCUAUUGUCCUCCAUGUUUUAUGACUGGUUUUGAGGAGGUAACAUGUCACUGUGGUACUACUAUAAUGUAUCCACCUAUACCAUGUGGAACCCCUCCUCCUGAGUGCACCAGGCCUUGUUCUAGAUUGCAUCCUUGUUCGCAUCCAGUGAAUCAUUUAUGCCACAGUGAAGAUGUCUGCCCUCCUUGUACGAUAUUGACCAAGAAAAUGUGCCAUGGAAACCAUAAGCUUCGUUUAAAUGUACCGUGCCAUGUAACGGAUGUAUCAUGUGGAAUAUCUUGUGGAUCUAAACUGAAGUGUGGACACAACUGCAUCAAGCUGUGCCAUAAGCCACCUUGUGACAGUGAGCCAUGUAUGCAGCCAUGCAAAGAAAAACGCACAGAAUGUGCACACUUGUGUGGUUCUGUAUGCCAUUAUGGAUCACCUUGUCCAGAUGUUCCUUGCCAAGUGAAGAUAACCAUUUCAUGUAAAUGUGGACGGCGGUCAGAAAGUGUACCAUGUCUUCAAGGUGGUGACAAAACAGCAUUGGCACAGUUUUAUCAACGCAUGACAACUGAAUCACUAGCCAGUAAAAUGAAAGAUGUUCAGCUUGGUCAAUCAGUUGAUAUCAGUACAGUUAUCAUGCUGGAUGAAAAAUCUGCCAGAUAUAUUGAAUGUAAUGACGAAUGUGCUCACAUGGAACGUGUAAGRCGCAUGGCUGCAGCCCUAGGAAUAGAUGAAAGUGAGGAACCUUCUGUUGGUCAGCGUAUGCUCUACUCACCUUUCUUGAUGAAUGAGGCAAAAAGCAACUUAACUUUCAUCAAGUCUAUUGAAGAAGCCUUUGAAAAUCUGGUUUCAGUUGCUCAAAAGAUUCCAUCUGGUCAGAAAAGUCAUUCCUUUCCUCCAAUGAAUUCUAACCAAAGACGAAUCAUCCAUGAGCUUGCUCUUCACUAUGGAUGUUCAAGUGUCAGUUAUGAUGCAGAGCCAAAGCGUAAUACUGUUAUUACUGCUUAUAAAAAAUCUCAUCUUCCACCAUCUACUUUAUCAUCUCAAGUUGAGCGUCAAAAGAACCCACCACCACCACCCCCUAUGCCUUAUGUGCCAACUGAUGCCAUCACAAAAGCCAGAGUGAUUAAAGAAGAGAAAAAAGCUAAAACCUGGGCUCAAGUUCCGGAUUACUUUGCUGAUGAUUUCACUGACUAAGCAAAUAAGACCCACAUCAUCCAGUAUUGUCAAACUCAAGCCCAUAGAAAUUGUAAUUUUAAGUUAACAAUGUGUUCCUCACUGGAAGUGUAAUUUUGGGUUACGCACUAACAAKAAUUUGUUAGUGUUUCUUGGGUUCAUUGAAACAAAUCUUACUAUCAUAUAUAAAACAACUUUGUAACAACUUUACGUUUUUAGAAUUAGAAUACUGUCUUGCUAAGUAAAACUUUUUUCUCCAAGAAUACAGACUGCAUUCAAGAAUUUUUUUGAAAAAUAAAAAUGCUCUAAAAUGAAAAUAUUAUGUCACCUCUAUGUUAAAUAUUGAGUUGAUGCACUAGGAAAUGCAAAUUAAUAAAAAUGUACAAUCUUCAA